AGCACGUGCCGUCAGAAACUGGAGCCUGGCCGGCUCUGGUUUCCAGCCAGGCUCUGAGCGGCCAGACUGGCACUGGUGCUGCCCUGGGAGGGCCCCAGGCUCCCAGGUAAGGCGGCUGCCCAGCCUCUCUUACCCCACGUGGGGCAAUGUGCCUCAUGCCAGAGUGCACAUGCAAGGGCAUACCUGGGGACAAAUAGCAGUGGCACAAAUAUGUUCUGCUGCUAUUUGUCCAGCAGGAGAUGCACAGACAUGCUCGUGGGGAUAUGCCCAAAGAAGCUAAUAACUUAUGAUCUUUCUUCCACGCUCCCUAAGAUCGUAAGUCACUUUCUUGAGAGGAAAACUGUUUGUUUUCUAAUUCUUCAUUUCUUAUACUUUCAGUUUCUUCAAAUGCAAUGACUCAGCCGCCACAGGAUGAAUUUGACAGUAGUGUGGAGAAUGCAGAAGCUUGGAUGAAGGCCAUCCAGGAGAAAUUGCAGAUUAAUGACAACACCAAGGGACCUCGGUCUGCUCUAGAAGCCAGACUGAAGGAAACUGAGAAAAUAUGUGUACUGGAGCCUGAAGGUCGACUGAAAAUGGACUUCGUUAUCAAGAAAGCAGAGGCCCUUCUUCGCUGCAUCAGCGAGGAUGAAAAGCACAAGGUACUCUCCAAACUGAAAGACAUUAAGGCCAUGUGGGAAGAAACAGCCAUAUACAUUACUCACUGUCACAGCCGUAUUGAAUGGGUGUGGCUGCACUGGAAUGAAUACUUGAAAGCCCAGGAUGAAUUUUACACGUGGGUUCACAACAUGAAGGUGACCUUGGAGCCAGACAUAGAACUGCAGCUUGGCCUGAAAGAGAAGCAGUGGCAGCUGAGCCACUCUGAGGUGCUGCUGAAUGACGUCUUAAAUCAGUCAGUCCUGCUGGAAAGGCUCCUGGAGGAAGCUGCUUCCUUGUUUAACAGGAUAGGUGACCCAAGUGUUGAUGAGGAUGUCCAAAAGAAGAUGAAGGUGGAAUAUGAAGGAAUAAAGGAAGUAGCUCAGAAGAGAGUGAAACUGCUUAAGAAGAUAACAAAGGAACAUGAACAGUACAGCACCCGUGUCAACCAGUUUCAAACGUGGCUGAAUGGUGUGACUGAAAGUUUAAACUGCUGCAUUGAAGAAGCAACAGUAGAAAACAAGCUAAAGGCAUUGCAGGCCAUUGCCGAAGAUGUUAAGAGUGGUGAAAAGGAACUGCAAAGCCUGGAAGUUCAGUCUAUAGGUGUCAUCCAGAAUACCUCCCCUCUAGGGGCUGAGAAGAUGAAGGACGAGCUGGAGGAGUUGAGGAAAGCCUUGGAGAAGUUGAAACUAAUGCGUAGCGAGGAACAGGAGAGAUUGCAUAAGUUCUUCCAGUCAAAAAGUGCCUAUCAGUCCCAAGUCAGAGAGUUAGAAGCAGAGGUUAGUGAAUUCAGAAAGGGGAUACAAAGGCUUGAAAGUGACCUGAAGCCAAGGGAGAGGGCAAAGAAUGAAGAGGAGUUAUUGAUCCUGUGGAGAAAGUGCAUGGCAACAAGAGCAGCUCUUGCCACAGAGGAGCCAAAGGUUGAGAGGCUGAAGGCUCAGCUUAACAAGCUGUUCCAGUUUCCACAGGAUGUACAGCCACAUGUGGACAGUGUUGUAUCUGCAAUACGGGGAUACCAAAGUGUUAAAGGGAAAGCAUUUAAAAUGAGUAUUGCAGCUGGAAGUGAGCUAAGGCAACAUCUUCAAAACCCAAUGCAAGAAUUUCAGCUGUGGAAGCCAUCAGUUCAGAGACUUCUGGAUAUGACUGCUAAUGUUACUGAACCCACAGUGGCACAGACUUUCUUACUUCAGCUUGAGGAAUGUCUGGCAGAAAGCUCCCAAUUCAAGGAAAGAAUGAUGAUGAUACAGCUGAAGAAGGAUUUGCUCGGUAGUGUCUUUGGUGAGGAAGAAGCAAGGUCCCUCUUGACAGAGGUGACUGAAGCAGCAAAGGAGAGAGAAAUUCUGCAUAAAAGUCUUUUGCAAAACAAAAGCAAACUUCAGAAUUUGAUUUCUCAGCACAAAGACUUUGAUGCAGGUUUUGCACCUUUGCAGAAGAAGUUUUCUGCUAUCAGAACCAAAGUAGAUCUAGAGAAAGAGCCACAGCCUGACCUUGUAGGAAAAAAGACACGACUCCAGAGACUCCAGAUGAUCCAAGAUGAUUUGGCAGAGCUUGUGGUUCAAAUGGAAGACCUAGAGAGCCUCGUUCAAUCUAAUGCCACCCACAAGCAUAAAAUGAACCAGCUUUCAGCUGACUGUAAGGCACUGAAGAAAUCUCUGGAGGAGACAAUAGAACAGAGUGAGAAGCACGUUCAGAGACACUGGAAGUUUAAUGAGAAGCUGUCAGACCUUCAGCAGUGGAUCGCAGUGACCGAACAGAAGUUGGAAUCCUAUCAGGGUGCUAAUGGAGAGCGAAACAUGGAGAGUAGAGUUGCAGACCUUGAGAGAUUGUUGGCUGAGUUCCCAGAUAAGGAGUUCCAGUUGCACCUUGUUGAAACUCAUGGCCAGAUGGUAAUGGAGAAUUCUUCCUCAGAAGAGGCAGCAGAUAUCCGGACUGAACUGAACAAGGUGAAGGAAUCUUUGAGGGAAGUCAAAGAAAGGAUAACAAGCCUUCUCCAAAAGCUGCAACCAAAAAGAACAGCGGUUGAUACAGGGAAGAAAAUAACCAUCAUGCAGCCACCUACAUUUGGCUUCCAUUCAUUUGAUGUAGAUCCCAAGCACAAGCAGGAGAAGAUGAGCAAAGCGGGAAAGAAUAGCAACCAUCUUAAACUCAUGAAGGACUUUGAGCAGUGGUUAGAAGCAGAAAAUGCCAAGCUAACCAAAAAUCUUGCUACAAAAUCCUCCUCUGUCGAUGAAGUUGAAGCAAAAUACAGCAAGCUGGAGGAGCUUCAGUCUCGUGUUCCUGAAGGUCAGCAUCUUUUUGAAGAUCUUCUUCAUCUUCAUCCAGUUGUCGGGAACUCUGAAGACCUGGAGAACCUGCGCUACCGAUGGAUGCUGUACAAGUCUAAGCUCAAAGAAAGCCUUGAUUCAUUACAGACUCCUGUAUCUUUGGAAGAACCAGAUGGAUUCAGAAAGAAACGCCGGGGAGGAAUGUGUUCCUUCCUGCAUCGUGUGUGCUGGACUGCGUUGCCACUACAGUUACUCCUGCUGCUCCUGCUGCUCCUGGCAUUCCUCCUUCCUCUGGCGGAAGAGACACACAGCUGCAAGCUUGCCAACAACUUUGCCCGUUCCUUCAGCCUGAUGCUGAGAUAUGAAAGUCCUCCUCCAACUUAACUCCUCUGCAUGGCAAGAGGUGACACUCAGAAAUCAAGUCUGCUUUCUCCUUGAUUUCUUGACAAUUUCCAAGUACUUCUAGGUUUAGGGCUUCUAACAAGGCCACCUUAUUAACUGGAAAUGUGGUCAAAUCAAAGCAGCAUAAGGCUAAUCCACAUAAUCAGGUAUUAGCUUUUAGAACUAAAUUAAUCAGGUAUUAAC